AUGCACGAAGUCGUGACUUUACAGUUCGGCAAGCAAAGCAACUACCUGGGCACUCACUUUUGGAAUACACAGGAGUCCUACUUCACAUAUCCACCUGAGCCAGAGUCGCCUGUCAACCAUGAUGUACUUUUCAGGCCAGGUGUUGCUCCAGAUGGAUCCGAUACUUUCACACCAAGAACGCUCAUAUACGACCUCAAAGGUGCUUUUGGCAGUAUGAGAAAAAUCAAUGCGCUGUACGAGGCCGAGGACGACAGGAGUAUAUUAGACCAAAACGGAGUUUGGCCAUCCAAGCCUAUUGUUCAGCGCGCAGCCGAGACUAUUCCACAGUCCGCCUACCAGGAGCACCUUGAUGCCGGCCUGGAUCCUCCCCCACUCAGUGCAUCGUCAGUCCGGUACUGGUCUGACUACAGCCGUGUCUACUAUCAUCCAAAAUCGAUCGUUCAAUUGUCUGAGUUUGAUGUAAACGACAAGCUCAUGCCUUUUGAGAGUUGGGAUGUAGGCAUGGAACUGUUCGAGAAGCUUGAGAGGGAGGUAGACUUAGUCGAUAGGGACCUGCGGCCAUUCGUUGAAGAAUGCGAUGGUAUCCAGGGACUGCAAAUCUUCACGGGUGUUGACGACGCUUGGGGAGGCUGGACUUCAGGUUGGCUAGAGAGAUUGAGGGACGAGUACGGAAAGUUGAGUAUCUGGACCUGGGGCUUGGGUGACCACGGCGCCAAUACUACAACUCCUCGGGAAAAACGUUUGCAACAAAUCACGAAUUCAGCACGAUCGCUCCACGUGCUUGGCGAGCAGUCAUCAGUAUAUGUGCCAAUGUCGAAUAGUCCCGCCAAAUUACCAGGUUACUUGUCAGUUGACACCACGUCGCCCUGGCACAUUGCAGCUUUGCAAGUCGUCGGUCUGGAGAGCAUGACCAUAUCUUCACGAUUGAGAGCGUCUUUGGGCGGACGAGGCACGCUCCAGGAUCUAGAAAACACCAUCAACAGUACAGGAAAACGACGCAUAGCAAAACUCGAGAUGAGUUUGGCAGAUCCAGACGUUUUGUCAGCUAAAGCUUUGGACGAAGUCGAACAAGCAGAAAAAGUCGGUUCCAUGACGUCGAGGCAGACUAGUGAAAAUGACGAUCGACUAAGUAAUUUUGAUAUUGAUACCUUCAGUCGCGAAUAUAGGACGGUUACCAAGAAAGGAAAGAAAGAACACGUUUUUGGACGGGCAGAGGCUUCUCGUGGGGAGUGGGUUCUGUCUCAAGAUAACGAACGUGAUCCUCAUGACAGGUUCGACAGUGGACCAGCAUUGCAGAGGUUUGCCGCACCACUACUAUUUCCUCUACUUGACAGCUUUCCUCGGUCGAUACUGGACGUAGGGUCCGAUCACUCCAUUAAGCUCGCCGUGCACACUGGACUCACGACAAGUACCGCUGUUGCUGAUCAGAUCCGAGCAGUGGAGCAAAUCGUCAAGCGGAUGACGGGCAUCGAAGAAAAAGAAACACUUUGUAACGGCUUACAAGUUCUUGCAGAGGAGUACGACGAAGGCUGGGAUAGUGGUACAGAAAGCGAUGAUGACGAUUAG